CAGAACAAGCUGUCAGCCCCCUGGAGUACUGGGAAAUUCGCUUGUAGGUGACAACGCGAAUCGGAGCGCCGAUGGCGCUGUUACACAAAAAAGGCAGUGAGAUCCCGGCGGACGCCGUGCGGUUGAGUGAGGACGAAGCGGUGAACUACUUUCGGGGGCUGGUGCGUGGUUGGGAGCAUCAGGGAGAGGUCUGGCCGAUGCUCUACACACCCGGUAUCCUCGGAGCGAGCACCGUCGCGACCGGCUUCUAUCUCAACAACCACUUCCGGACAGCACUGCGACUCGGUAGCUAUGGUCGCCUGUCGAGCUACUUGCCCGCGGUCGCACUGCCCGCUAUUAUGGCGUCCCUGUUUCACGGUUUGUUCGUGCAGCCCGACGUGAUUCUGCGGCGAAAUGCGUGCCCGGUGUGCCUGCAGACGCGAGCCGCGGCUGUGCAGGCGGGCUUAUCGAUCGCAUACCCGUUGCUGCUGGUGCCAUUAUCCUCAUUCAUGUUUGCUACCAGACAUUUCACCUACCGGCUGCCCUCGAUAACUGAGCAACCCAAGGCGGUGCUGCAAGUGUUUCGUAAGAUUACGGGACCGAUCACGCUGCCACUGACGCUGCUGCUCUCGUUCAACGUGGCGCUGUCGAUCUUUUUAACGGGCAAAGAGUUCGAAACGGUACACCGGAUCAACAUUCGGUUGCUGGAACUUGAGCGCCAUCUCGAGAGCGAGGGCGUUCUGCCGGCACUGUGAUGCUCCA